AUGAAGCAAUUCAAACAUUCAAGAGAUCAAGAUUUGGUGAGUACAUCCUUAGAUGGGCUUGUGUCGGCAAAUCCUAGUCUAGCGCAUUUAAACCACAAUGUGGUGGUUUAUCGUCCCUCGUACAAGUCGAACCCUGAGAAGGUGACUUUGAUCUCAGGAGGAGGUUCUGGCCAUGAGCCAACACACACAGGAUUUAUCGGCGAAGGAAUGCUAGAUGCUGUCGCCGUAGGGCAGAUUUUUGCAUCGCCUACUGCGGUUCAAAUAGAGCAUGCGCUUGAUGCCGUUUCGUCGCCCAAAGGGACUCUUAUAAUCGUCAAAAACUAUACCGGUGAUGUCUUCCACUUUGGCGCCGCAGCUGAAAAGGCAAAAGCGGCCGGAAAGUCUGUCCGUGUUGUUAUAGUAGGUGACGAUGUAGCUGUGGGGCGGGAACAAGGUGCGCUCGUUGGCCGCAGGGGUCUCGCUGGAGUCAUACUCGUCCACAAAACUGCGGGUGCUUCGGCUCAGCAAGGCCACGAUCUCGCCACUGUUGCUCAUUGUGCGGAACUUGUUGCCAGAAACAUCGCGACGAUCGGUACCUCACUCGAGCAUUGUACAAUCCCCGGCCGUAAGUUCCAUAGCGACCUGAAGGACGACGAAUAUGAAAUUGGCCUUGGUAUCCACAAUGAGCCAGGUGUCAUACGAGAAUCACAUCUGCCCGAACUCCCCAAGGUCAUUGAUCGAAUGCUUCGACUCAUGACCGACCAAAACGACAAGGAUCGCGCAUUUGUGAAGUUCCAAAACGGUGAUGAUGUCCUUUUACUGGUGAACAACUUAGGCGGGGUUUCACCUUUCGAGAUUAGCUAUAUUACAUCGAUUGCACUGCGGAAAGUUGAAAAACUGGAGUUCCGUGUAAGGCGCGUCUUGGCAGGCACUUUCACAACGUCCUUUAAUGGUUUGGGAUUUUCACUGACUCUUCUCAAUCUGACCAGUGCCGGUCCAAAAAUUCUCGACCUGAUCGAUUUGCAGACACCGGUACCAGGCUGGACAAAUGCGACAGCGUCCAAAGAUUGGGAUCAAAAGCCCAUAUCUGAAGGUAAAUUUGAGCGUGAAGAGCUACCAGAGAGUGGUAUAUUACUGCCCAAAGGUUUCGAAGCUAACCUCAACCGAGGUCUGCGAGCUCUGAUUGCUGCUGAGCCUCAAAUCACGGAAUAUGAUACCAUGGCAGGUGAUGGUGACUGUGGUGAGACAUUAAAAGCUGGUGCUGAGGCUCUUAUGAACAAAUUUGACAGCCUCCCCAGUGAUGCCGUACUGGCCAUCCUGGAAAUGGCAGAUGUUUUGGGCGAAGCAAUGGGAGGCACUUCGGGUGGCAUCUACUUCAUAUUUUUGACUGCUCUAGCAAAGAACCUGCGAGAGUGCGGUGUCGAAGCCAUCGAUCCGCUUGUAGCAGGUGAAUCUGCGAAAGGUGCGCUUAUAACUUUGUUUGAGUACACCAAAGCACGGAAGGGUGAUAGAACGCUUAUUGAUGCUUUACAGCCCUUCAUUGAUACUCUAUGUGAGACAUCUAGUAUAUCAGAGGCCUUGAGAGCCUGUCAAGAAGGAAUGGAAUCUACAGCAAAACUAACAGCGAAAGCAGGAAGAGCUGCCUACGUUCAGCAAGACAAUCUGGUCAAAGAGAACAUUCCGGACCCUGGUGCAUAUGGUCUCUUUACGUUUUUACAAGCAUGGUGCGACUCGGAGGAAUGA